CGCGACGCGCGCUGCUGCUGCUGCUGCUGUAGUGCACUACUACCAGUCUACCGCUCGCUCGAUCUGGCCUUCUCCGCCGCCCCGCCGCGCGGCGCCCUGACCGUCGUGCGGCCCCAGGAGGAUGCAGGCACCGUUCCUUUCGCCGCUUUUCUCCUCUGGAAGAAGGGCUCUCCCAUAGACAACGGCUAAGUAGGCUGGAAGCUGCUUCUCCUUAACGCGAAGAUUCGAGGGUUAGAUUUUCUGUUGGGUUUACAAGAAAAAGGGUGGGGUUUUUGAGGUCUGGAAAGAUGACCAAGAUCAGUUGCUUCUCUGCUCUGCUCGCCGGCAAGAGGAAAUUAUCAAAGGUCACGAGCAAAAUUGGUUACGGCAAGAAGGCUGGCGGAAAUGAGUUCCAGAAGGUGAAACCGGUGGAGUUCGUGGAGGAGGGGGACACCGUCGACAUCGGGAAAGGCGGUGACAUUGUCCUGGCAUGUGACACAAAGCUUGUCGCUUUCAGCGCCACCGAGCGGGCUUGCGAAGGCCGCGACGAGGACGAUGACAAGGUCUCGAUGAAGAGGGGAUCAUCUGACGUCGACCUCGCCGCUGCCGGCGAAGACUCUUCCAGCUCCAACAGCGACGGCGUUGACAAGGACGAUGGCAGCGCCGGCCUCAUGGUGCCGGCCAUGGCAUCCAGGCUAGAACGCUCCUGCUCCAACAUCGAGACGGCGAGGUGUUGCUCGAAAGCGUUCGACCUGCCGGCGAAGUCACUCUCCUACGGCGACCUCGAGGCCUUACCUGCCGGAGGCUCGGCCACCCCCACCGGCGCGCCGGACGCCAGCCCAACCGCGUCCGUGAAGACAACGCGCAGCGCCGACCACGUCAUGCUGAAGAAGCGUGCGUCAAGCCUGGUGCUCCCGUCCCAUAGCCGGAAGCUGUGGUGGAGGCUGCUCCUACGGAGCCACCGGAACCUGCACCGGCCGGCCGCGACCGUACCAGCUCUGCCGUCGGCGGAGCAGCGGAACGACGGGUACACGUCCGACACGCUCGACGCAGGCACCGCCACGGCCAACGCCAAGAACAAGGGGGUCGCCGUAGAGCACGAGUCCAUCCCAAACCACUGGAUGGCGUUCUCAUCGGAAGCCACGCCGUUGGACCGGGUCAGCGCGUGGGUGAACAGCCUCGGGGACAACUCGUUCAAAGCCGACGAGGAAUACGUCGUGGAGCACGACGACGACGACGACGAGGACGCGGCUCGCCCACAUUGCCUGGAGAUCGGAGAGCCGUCGUCGUUCUGCGGGAAGGGCCCCGCUCAAGCGCGGCGGCGCAUGGCCGGCGAGGUCAUCAUCGCGAACGGCAUCAUACAGACGCUCACCGCGUCCUCGUCCGUGGCGCACAUAUCGGGGAUGGGGCUCACCGUCAUCCCGGUGAUCGCGCCGUUCUCCAGCCUCCGGGCAGUCAAUCUGUCCGGCAACCUCAUCGUUCAUAUCUCCUCUGGAUCAUUGCCCAAGGGGUUGCACUCGCUCGAUCUGUCGAGGAACAAGAUUGUUGUCAUCGAUGGAUUGCGAGAACUGACGAGGCUACGCGUGCUCAACCUCAGCUACAACAAGAUCUCACGGAUCGGUCACGGGCUGUCGAACUGCGGGGCGAUCAGGGAGCUGUGCCUCGCCGGGAACAAGAUCAGCGACGUGGAGGGGCUGCACCGGCUGCUGAAGCUGGCGGUGGUGGACCUGAGCUUCAACAAGAUCACGACGACGAAGGCGCUGGGGCAGCUGGUGGCCAACUAUGGCUCCCUGCGGGCUCUCGACCUCGUCGGCAACCCGGUGCAGACCAACAUCGGCGACGACGCGCUCCGCAGGGCGGUGUCGGGCCUCCUCUCGCGGCUCGAGUACCUGAACAGGCAGCCCGUGAGGCCGCAGCGCGCGCGGGAGGCGGCCAAGGACAGCGUCGCCAAGGCGGCGCUCGGAAACAGCGGGUGGAGCUCGCGCAGGCGGCCGCCGUCGCGGCGGCUGAGCCAGAGUCCCGGCUCGUCGGCGAAGAACCGGGGGAGGGAUGGGAGCGGCAGCCAAAGGGGCAGCAGGAGCAGGUCCAAGAGCCGGCCGCAUCAGUGCUCCAGCCUCGGAUGGAGGAAGUGAAGCAAGUUGCCGGGCAAAUAGCGGCGUCAUGGUGGCGCUGUGCUGCCAUGUGCCAUGCUAGGAUCAAAUAAUGCACCGUCGUUUAUUUGUGAGCACUCCAAGGUCCAAGCGUUUUCCUGAAACUUUAAUACCUGAUGAAAUGAAUGAAGAGAGGCACAAGUAUACAUGAAUUUGGUGAUCGCCCCGUAUCAUUAACGUGGUAUGGGAAUAAGACGUCUAAUCUUUCCUAUGUAUACUAUUAUAAAAAGCGGUAACGAUUCUAUCGGAAAUUUUCGUCCAUCAAUGCUGACAUCAUCCAUACAUCAUGAUGA